GUUCUGCGUUUCUUCUUCUUCUUCUCUUCUAGAUCUGCUGCAGUGCUGCUGCUGCUGGCUGCUGCUCUAGCUCGAGUUUGAGGUUGGAUUUUGAUUUUGGAGAAUUUAUUGUUUGUCAAUUUCAAUUGUCAUACAAAUUUGUAUUUUAGGUGUGUAUUUUCAAUUUAGGCCUAAGUUACAACUACUACAGUUUAAAGAACCAUUUUUGUCAUCACAAAAUGGGUGGAAUGAGGUGGAUAUUGGGGACUGGGAGGACUGGAGUGAUAGUGAUAGUGAUUCAGGAGUUGAGAUUUUGGAUUUUGAUUCAGUUGAGGAACUGGCCAAUCAAGUGGGCCAGACUCAAGACACACCAAGAGAACUACUGGAAUCUACACAAAAAUUGGGCGUCUCUAAAUUUGAAUGGAUACCUAUUACACCAAAUGAGGAGAUGGAUGCACCCUCCUUCAGAAGGCGCUGAAAGGAAUACUAAUUAUAGGCCGCUGUACUCCGUAAAAGAACUUAAGGAAGAGCACCUAGUGAGAUAAGUGAAGAAAGAUGUAGCCCCAGCUCUGGACAAAAAUAUUAUGGAGAAGGUUGGCCGCUGUACAGGGCAGCUAUAGUUAUUAUUAUAUGUUGCCUUUUAUUGUUAUGUACUGUUUUUAUACUUUACCAAUAAACCUUAUAUUUAAUCUA